GCAUGCUUUGGAACCCAGGGCUAAUUUAACGCGGGUAUCUUUACCGAUGUUACUCUUUCAAACACAAGAACAAAAAAAAGAACUCUCAGAUCUGAGUCUAGAGCUCGUUCUGCUACAAAGCUGUUGAAGGAGGAAUUCAAGAAUAGAGAUCAGCACCGUCAGCCAUGAGUUCUCAAGGUCUCGGAGGAGGGAUUGGCGUCACAUCUGGAUUUACUCGGCUAUGCAAGGGCCUUGCUGUGGUACUCAUAAGUGGCCAUGUCAUACUACAUGUAUUCCCUUCAUUCAUUAGUUAUCUAGCACUUAUCCCUGCAAGGACAAUCCCAUUUGCUUGGAAUCUUGUAACGGCUGGUUAUGUUGAGCAACACGUUAUUGGGGUGAUUUUGAGCACGAUUGGUCUUCUUUUCAUUGGGAGGUUGCUUGAACCUGUAUGGGGUUCCAAGGAAUUUUUGAAGUUCAUUUUCGUGGUUAACUUUUUAACCUCUGUUUGCGUAUUCGUAACAGCUAUAGCCAUGUACUACAUAACAACACAGGAAAAUUACCUUUAUACACCUCUUUCUGGCUUCCAUGGGGUUCUGGCAGGGUUUCUUGUGGGUAUCAAGCAAAUGUUCCCUGAUCAGGAGAUUUCUCCAUUAAAGAUCAAAGCAAAGUGGAUCGCAUCCCUGUUUUUACUUCCAUGUAUAGCUGUAAGCUUCAUAGUACCUGAAUCAGCACCUUACCUUCCAACCAUAUUAUUUGGCACAUACACGAGUUGGAUUUAUCUGCGGUACCUUCAGAAGAAGCCAGAAACGAACCUUAGGGGAGACCCAAGCGAUGAAUUUUCCUUCUCGACAUUCUUCCCCGAAUUUUUGCGACCAGUUAUUGAUCCUAUAGCAUCUAUAUUUGGUCGGCUGCUUUGUGGAAGAUCUGAAGCAUCUACUGAUGCUAAGGGGUAUAUGCUGGGUGGUGGUGGUGCGGCGUUGCCUGGUUCUGAUCCUGCAGAGGCCUCCAGGAGGAGAGAAAGAGGUGCACGUGCCUUGGAAGAAAGAUUAGCAGCAGGGGCUAGUAAUGAAGACCAUCUAUCUCACAAAGAUGCAGCAGAGAAUGUCUGAAAAUAUAUUAUUCUUUUUCUGUCUAAUACCCCAGCAUAUGGUUUAGUAUUGAGUUAUGAGAGAAGCUGAGCUGUUUUUGUAGAAAUGUUAAUCAGAUUCUAGAGAAGAGGAAUGCUUUUUUUGGGGUGAUGGCUAUUAGUUAUUCAUGGCACUAUUAGUAAAUGUCGAGGAUGCUAAUUUUUGCAAGCAUUCAUUUCUAAUUUCUUCAAAUCAAAUUUGGAGGUUUGACAAGUCACAGGAUUCAGACACCUUUAAACCUCUUUAACAGGUGUUACUUAUUAGCUCUUUAUGUUUGAGGCUUUGAGCUUCUCAUUUGAAUAGUACAGUGGAAAGGGUCUUCUUCUGAUCCUUGCACCCCAAGUUCCUAACUUUACCCUGUGUUCAAUUGUGAAAUUUAUGUAUAUUUAUAUAUUUAAGAAAGGUAAGUCUGUAUUUGAUAUC